AUGUCUGUGCUUGAGGACAAGCACAAGGCGGACUCUACGCUCCAGACCGCACUCACAGCCAUUUUUCAUGGCGGACAGAGCGAAGGAUUUGGGAGCGUGCCCAGCACCUCUUCCCUCGGUCAGGGCCGACACGGCGAUAAACGACGCACCCGGCAAGCGACAGCCGACAAUGAGCGGGGCUACGGCAGCAACAGCUUUCAGCUACUCCUCCUGCUGUUCGCCCAAACUGCCGCCUUUGCGUCGUACGUGCAGGUCGGGACCCGGGUGGUAGACGUCCAGCCCGUUGAGUAUUGGUGCAUGCCCCCGUCUAAGUACUCGUACAUGUCCACGGCCCAGUGGUUCAACGUCGGCAUUCCGCGUCGCCCCGACGGCAGCUACAGCCAUUGCACGUACUACGAGCGGCCCCGAACAGCGGUUUCCGCGCCCAGCGAGGCCGAGGUGCUCUGCGAUCACUGGCACUAUAACGUGAGCGAGAGCAACCACAACUUGCUGGUCGAGUGGGACAUGGUCUGCUACAGGACCUGGCUCUUGGACGUCGCCGAGGCCGCCUUCGUAAGCGGGAGCGCUCUGUGUGCACCUUCCAUGGGACUCGCCUCGGACAUGUUCGGACGGUGGCCCGUGCUGUACGCGUCGGUCGUCGUGCUCUUCUGCACUGGGGUGACCCAGUGCUUCGCCACGUCGCUGGCCUCGUACGUCGUGCUACGCUUCGCGUCAGCGGCGUCCGCCAGUGUCCUGGAGCUAAUCGCGAUCGUCCUGCUGUUCGAGUCGACGCAGCUCGCUGAACGCGAUUCUUACGUGGCGCUCGCGAUCUGCUUUCCAACGACAGCUGGUUCCUGCCUACGUAACCGCGCUGAAUACGUACGCACGGGACUGGAGGAUUCUACGCCUUGGCGUGGCUGUACCUUCCCUGUUGCUGAUCGCCUUGGUGCACUUCACCAGUGA